UGGUAUUCGGAUGAUAGUGAAGAUAAAAGCGAAGACGGCAGUAAUGAUGAGAAAAGGAUUGUGGAAGCAAUUCGAAUAAAACAAAGAGGAAGUGAAUCUGCAGUUAAUAAUGAUCAAGAGACAAUAAACGAAGUAGAAGAGAAGAACUGGAAUUUAAAAUGUGUUGAAGGUGGAGAAUUAUUUAUAGAACCUAAGUUAGAAGAUGAUAAUAAAUUAGUGUUUGACCGGGAAAAAUUGAUUACAUCGAAUGAUAAAAGUUUGAAUCAAACUAAAAAAGAAUUGAUCAAUAUGGCCGAAAGAGGUAGAAAGUAUGGAAACAAAAGAUCAGCAAAGAGGGAUUAUGAUGAUAAAAUGACUGGUGAUAGAGUUGUUGAAAAUGGAUUGAAUGAGCAGCCUGAUUUUGGGUGUAGUUAUCAAAAUGAGGACAUGAUAAUAGGUGGUAUUAAUAAAUUCUCGUUAAUAGAACAAAUGUGCAAUGUAUGGAACAAUGUACCAAUAAGAAGUGUAUAUGAUUGUAAAAAAGCAUAA